CAAUCAGACUUAAAGCCCAAUCCAGAGGCAGCCAUGCAUACCCAUUCCAUGACACUACAAUCACCUUACUUCACAGAUGAGGUGGUUUGCAUAGGAUCAUCUGCAGUUACAUUUUUCUCUCCACACGUUAGCCUUCUGAUCACUUUGAGUAACAAGGUGUAGAAAAAGUGAAGGUGCCUGAAUACCUUUCGAAAGUGACAAAUGCAUCGUAAGCAUAAAAUGUAAUCAGAACAUACUGUUUCAGAGUAUAGUUCUCCCACAUCAACCUUUAUCUAUUUGCAGUAAAGAAUAUAAAUACAGUGGCCAACUAUAACUAUGUAGUCAAUGUUAUAAUAAAUUCCAGUUGAAAUUGUAUGUAAACAGGACAAGCAUUAUGCAUCGCAAAAUCCUCCGUCUGACCAACUCAGAGGUAAGAAAUACUGCACAUUGGCUCACAUUACUGUCUGCUGAUUUUAGUGUGUGGUCACGUCUCAGAGCUCAACGACCUAAAAAUACAACCUCAAAUAGCCUGGAAGAGCAGACGCCAUUACGUAUCUGGACUCUCUUUCCACAGACACUUUUUCUCAGCCCAAACAAUACUCUUUGAUAAUUUUUGUUAUUUAGCAGACAUUAUUAUCUUUACAGGAUGAAUUUGAGUUUUCUGAAGGACAUAACCACAACUUUUUACCUACCAGCUCAGUAAUUCAAACUAUCAACCGUUCAGUUGAAGGGACAGCUUUCUCAUCACUAAGCUAUCUGCCGGCUACACCUAGGUAAACCUUUUAAAUAGAAGUUGGCCCUGGGUUGGUGAAGAGAACAAAAGGUCAGAAAAAGGAUAAGAAGCUUAAAUAUGUCACAUGAGGCGGUUCGUGUUGACCCAGACAUGGAAUACCUCACACCAGGAGUUGUGGACCUGGAGCAGAUGUUCUGGACUGGCCUCGGAGCCACGUACACACACUGCAACCAAGUGUGGCCCAACCUCUACAUAGGAGACAAAAAGACAGCGUUGGAGAAGCCCGGUCUGGUGGAGAUGGGUGUAACACACAUUAUAAACGCUGCAGAGGGAACUUGGAACAAUGUGUCUACAGGUGCCGACUACUACAGGGACAUGAACAUAAUUUACUGUGGUAUAGAAGCUGAUGAUACUCCCACCUUCAACAUCUCUCCAUACUUCUACUCUGCUGCUAAUUUCAUCCACCAAGCACUCAGUGACCCAGACAACAAGGUGUUGGUGCACUGCAUGAUGGGUCGCAGUAGGUCGGUGACACUGGUCUUGGCAUACAUGAUGAUCAAGCAAGGGUUAACACUGGUCGAUGCUAUUGGGCAUGUGCGACAGCGGCGCUGCGUCCUGCCCAAUCGAGGCUUUCUGACACAACUGAGAGAUUUGGAUAUUAAACUGCAGGAGGACAAAUUAAGAAACAGACAAACUUCAUAACUUUUUAAAAAACUGGUAUGCAGCCAUAAUCUUGAAUUAUAAAGUAAGUGCACUUUCACAAAUCAACAUUGUUGUCAUUUCUUUAAUUCUUGAUGUUAUCUGAUUGAAAGCAAUAUGGUGGUGGGUUCUAUCAAUAGCAAGUACCUCAAUUAAUUGACCAGGUAAU